AGCCGAGAUAGGCAGAGAGGUCGGGCGCGCUCUUUGGCGGCUGUCUCUUAACAGCGGGUAGCGCUUGCGAAGCUGUGGUAAAAACACGGUGAAGGGGGACGGCCGGCGAUUGCAGUUCCGUACUUAUUCGCGACAUUUUGGCCACUCUUAGCGGGGGGAAAGGAAUCUACUCGAAUAGCACAGAAGGUCGUUCCCAACAAAAGAACCACAUUUUCAAAGAAAAAAAAAGCCAACUCUUCGUCCUUUAAGAAUAAGGAGCUGGGAAUUUCCAGUGAAGUUCUUUAGCUGAGGCUGUUCUUAAGUAACUGAGUUUAGCAAUGCAAAGUUUGUAGAGAAACUCGCAGUGAUACACACGCUAGAUAUUUCGCUGCGUCUGGAUGAUUGAGAACAACCGAGCAACAGUUUUCGACUUUGCUUACCAAGGUCAGACAAACUAGGACGUCGCCUGGGACCCGCGAUUUCAACCUCGCCCGCAAGGCUUCGUUCUCCAACAGCAGCGACAAAAGUCCGCAGUACUAGUUUCGCCUAUUGGGGGCGUGGUGCGUUCUCAUGGAAACAAGGUGCCGAGCGCCGCCCUAGUACGUCAUUAAGGCGCGACAAUAAUCCUGCUUAGUAUGGCCGAGGCUGUGGAGCCUGGUAAAGAGAAUGGUCUUCUGCCCGUUGUGUCUUCCCCCUCUUCCGUUGAGUCUUCCGUCGUCGCUAUAGAAGUGGCGGAACGCCAGGAGAAAGAACCGGUCGAAAUCAAAGAAGAAGUACAGAUUGUAGAGAUUAAAUGCAAAGAAACAUGUGAAUUGAUCCCUGGAGAGUUAGAGGACUCUACAUCACAAUCUAUUGCAGCCAAGAAAAUAAAAAUAGAGCUAAAGGAGAAAAAAGAGAAAAAAAAUAAAGUUGAUGAAGAUGAGAUUCAAAAAAUGCAAAUUCUGGUUUCCUCUUUUUCUGAAGAACAGCUAAAUCGAUAUGAAAUGUAUCGACGAUCAGCUUUCCCUAAGGCUGCUAUUAAACGGCUGAUCCAGUCAAUUACUGGAACCUCCGUGUCUCAGAACGUUGUUAUUGCCAUGUCAGGAAUUUCUAAAGUCUUCGUUGGAGAAGUAGUUGAAGAGGCGUUAGAUGUAUGUGAAAAAUGGGGAGAAUCGCCACCUCUGCAACCCAAGCAUUUGCGUGAAGCAGUCAGACGACUGAAAUCACGAGGACAGAUUCCAAAUUCCAAAUAUAAAAAAAUUCUUUAUCACUGAAGAGGAAGCGGGAAAAAAAAGGAUCUUAAGUGGACUGGAGAUGUUUCCAUUGAAAUGAAAAAGACUUUGGAGAGUAUGUUCAGCUUACUUAAAACUGUCAAGUUCUGCAAAAUUAAGGUGUUUCUUGUGCAAUAAUUCUGAGUGGGUAAUGCUAAGACUAUAUUGUAGGUAUAUUGUGUUAGAUAUAAAAACAUUUUCUACGUAGGCAAAAUAAGAAAUAUUGAUGUGAUAAGAUUACAGGAAACUUCUGAAACAUGGUUUCUUUCAAAAGGAAAUAAAAAUUUUAAAAUGUGUUUUUGGUACUCCUUGGAUAAUGACCAUUCGGUAACUAUUUGAAUUUACUACACUGCUGAAAAAAAUGGACACAACCAGCAUUGCAUUUAUGACCUUCACAGUGUCCCUAUCAUCAUGGAAUCAAAAUUUGGAUGCUUGAUGACCAACCCACAUUUACAACCAUUGUAGCUUCCCGAAGUCACCUCUUGCCUUGUGUGAACAGCCUCUGCUUCAGCUCUUCUCACUUACCUAUCUUCCCCCCUCCCCCAUCUCUUUUCUUUCGACUGCCCUAGACGCCAUGUCCAAGAAGAAGAGAUCACUGUACUCCACUGUCCCAACCCCCAGCUGAUAUGGGUCUUCUUUGCUCCCCUCCCCUGGGCUUGCUGGCCCCAAGCCCCAAUGGACGGGCUGUGACAGCACUGGGCUCGAAUCUGCCCUUUUGCUUAUCCUGCACUGCAUGGCCGAGAUAAGGAUGCUGUUUAUUCUGCCAUUGCUAUUUGCUGCUGUGCCAUCCCUGGUGCUAUGGACUUGAAGCCAGCCGUCAUUAGCCAGCCCAAGGGUGGGGAGAGGAAGAUGAUGAUGGUUAGCAGAGGGUGACGGAAUAUAACAGGAUCUUCAUCUCAACUAUUCUCUACAAGGUGAGACAGAGAAGGGGAAGAGAGAGGCAGGUGGGAGGAGCAAGACACAGCUUGAACAGGACAAUUGGUUCUUUUGGCUGAGUGAUUCCCUGAGUGUGUCUUUUGGAAGAAUUCCAAGAUUCUUUGGAAGAAUCAAGGCUUGGGGCUGGCAGGGACCAAGCUAGGAAUGGAUCGUGACAAGAUGUGAUCACCAUUUGUGCCGUCCCAUCUCGCUUCUGACAAGCAAAAUCAAUGGAGAAGCUGGCAGGAGGACAGUCACAUACCUUUGUUUAACAACCGCUGCUGGGACUGCCGUUGUUAAGCAGCAUCGUCACAUGAUGCUUUGUUUUAUGACCUCUUUGCUUAGCAAAAGAAAUUCCAGUCCCAAUAAGGGUCAUUACCUGAGGACUAUAGGUAUUGCAGGUAUCAUUAUGUCUGUUGACAACUAUAUCCAGCAUAGUAAUUAUAGUUAUUUUUCUUCUUAAUCCUAAUGUUUAAGUUUGCAUUUAUCUCUCAGCUUAAACAAAUAUAAAAUUUGUUAACUAUUAUAGCAAAGUCAAGGAAAUAUGUGCCAUAUACUUGUAAAGAAUUACCAAAAACCAUGGUUGUGCAUCAUAAAGCUAAUGUUAAACUUUUAAAACUUGUCAUUUUAAUAAGGCCCUUAAGUGUUUGUGACAAGUUCAGAAAUGUUCACAAUGUAUAUUAUUAAUUGCAAUUACCAAUACAAAUAAAUUAAUAUAAAUAAAAUCUUAGAAACCUAAACCUGAGAAAUAAAUCAAUGGAAAUAGAAGUUAAGCAUUUUAAUACAUAAUGUUUAAAAGUGGUUCAUAGAACCAGUAUAGUCAAGAGGAAACUAUAUUGUGUGACAAAGAGAUCCAAUAUACCGAAGGCUUAGAUUUCAAGUCAGACUUGUACCAAAUAUUGUCUAUUCCCAUAUACUCUUCUGUUUGAAAUUACAGAAGCAGUUAUACAGACUUAGAGUUUAAAAUUAAUUUUUUGAUAUUACAUUAUAUAAAGAGUUUUGUUCUUCAAAUUUACAUAUAAAUACAGCACUGAAGAAAGGAAAACAUUUUCAAAAACAAAACCACGCUAAAAUACGUUUGUAGUCAAAUAUCAGCUCAGUGGGUUUCCUCUUAAUUCUCAUGUUAUGUUUAGAUAAAUAAUUGUUCUCAGCAUAGCGGAAGCAUUUGAGGCAUUCAUGCCAUAACAGGCUAAUAAGCUGUAGUUUCUACUAACUGAAACAAGCAUACUACACCAAAUUAUUUGCCACAGUAUACUGUUUCUACAUUUUGCCUUAUUUUAAACCAAAUGUGUAUCAGAAGACAUAAAAUUAUUUUAGUCAAAAAUGCAAAGACUGGUAUAAUAAAAUACACUGAUUUUUGUACCCUGCUGCAUUUCUAAAUGAAAAGGUUACUUUAAGUGAACAGGAUGUGUGUUGCACCAAAUGUAAAUGUUCAUACUUGCCUCAUUGUUAACUCAAAAAAGAAUUAGGUGCACCUAUAUUUGUUUAAAUAAAUCGUCAACAUAUUUGGCCAAUCAUUCAACAAUUAGAUUUGGAGAAAAAAAAUGUGUUCACAUAGCACUGUUCACUAACAACCUUCCUGUCAAAGUUGACAGAAAACACAAUUACAUUUAAUAUGUUAUUUUGGUGUGUCGUAUCAGCAGUUUCAUAUAGUCAUAGACUGUUCUAGUCAUCAGAAAAAAUAAGCAUAUACAUCUGCAAAAGCACACUACUCUUUGGAUAAAGAGUGCUUUUGCAAGUAUAUUAAAGAAGGCCUGUCCCAUUAGGGCAUUAUCCAAUAUGGAGAGAUAGAAUAAAGUUAACUCCAGUGCAUAGCCUGGGUUUGUUUAUAAUAUUGUAACAGAUAUAACUUAGGAAAAGUGUAGAAGCAACAACUGUUUCUUACACAGCAAACAGGCAAAAUCCAGAAUACAUGCAAUCUUAUAAGCAAAAAUCAUUACCAUUAAAUUAAAGAAACUGACAAGCACAGUACAGCUGCAAAACUUCCUAAGCGUUCAGCAAUUCUACAAAUAACUUCAAAGGCUAACAAAUUAUUUGAAGCAGCAGCUUUUUUUUUUU